AGUCAAUGACGGGAACUUCGCAGGACAAAGACACUUUCUUUUUCAUUUCACACUUUUUAACUGGGACCUUUUUAACUGAACGUGAAUAUGACUUUUAUGAUUAGAUAACACUGUUUUUGAAUUCAUUCAAUUAUUUGUUACCUCUUAACUUUUAAUUUGUAACUUUAUUUAUGAUAAUCUUCAACUUGAAAUGUUGGAACCGGCAUUUUACUUACAUGUAUCUGAAUAUAAGCGACUUAAUUCUGGGAAAUGUGCAGUAAUUCUGUAACCAUAAGUCAUCACAGGAAUUCAUCAGCAGUGUAUUUUCGGAACAGCGUCACUCACUGACAGCGGGACCUGCGCGGAUAGUUUAUCUGUGGAUUUUAAAAUACCCUCUUGAGCGACGUUGAGUCUCUAAUACCUUAAUUACAUCUGCACGCUGAAAGAUGCUCCAGAAUGGAAAGUCUCAAACGGACAACGCGGACUCGUCUGAGCCCGAGCCAAAGCCCGAAGCGCAGAGCGAGAAGACAGAAGCGAGCGAGAGCGCCGCGUCUCCUCACCCAGAGAACGAGCCCGCAGACACCGACUCCACUCAGUUCCCUCUACCCGUCUAUCCCAAACUGGAAAUCAAGCGUCAUGCCGUGACUGAUGACUACAAAGUCUCCAGUCAAGUGUUGGGUCUGGGUGUCAACGGCAAAGUGGUGGAGUGCUACAAUAAGAAAACCGGACAAAAGUGCGCGCUGAAGAUUCUAUAUGAGUGUCCCAAAGCCCAGAGAGAAGUGGAACUGCACUGGCGAGUAUCCGGAGGGCCACAUAUAGUUCGGAUCCUCACCAUCUAUGAAAACAUGUAUCGUGGGAAAAAGUGUCUUCUCAUAAUUAUGGAAUGUAUGGAGGGGGGAGAGCUCUUCAGCAGAAUUCAGGCCAGAGGAGACCAGGCCUUCACUGAGCGAGAGGCCUCUGGGAUCAUGAGAGACAUCGGCACAGCCAUCCAGUAUCUGCACAACAUGAACAUCGCACACAGAGACAUCAAGCCAGAGAACCUGCUCUACACUAGUAAAGAAGACAUUGGAGUUCUCAAACUAACAGAUUUUGGCUUUGCUAAAGAGACUUCACUGCAUAACAUGUUACAGACGCCCUGCUACACGCCAUAUUAUGUAGCCCCGGAGGUUUUAGGACCUGAGAAAUACGACAAAUCAUGUGAUAUGUGGUCUCUGGGUGUGAUCAUGUACAUCCUGUUGUGUGGGUUUCCACCGUUCUACUCAAACACAGGACAGGCCAUUUCACCGGGUAUGAAGCGGCGUAUCCGCAUGGGCCAAUAUGAGUUUCCCAACCCAGAGUGGGCUGAUGUGUCUGAGGAGGCCAAACAGUUGAUUCACCAACUAUUGAAGACUGACCCCAGUGAAAGAUUGACCAUUGAACAAUUCAUGAACCACCCCUGGAUCAAUCAAUCCAUGGUGGUUCCCCAAACGCCGCUCCACACCACACGAGUGCUCACGGAGGACAGCGAGAUGUGGGACGAGGUCAAGGAAGAGUUAACCAGUGCAUUGGCCACCAUGCGUGUAGAUUACGAGCAGGUGAAGAUUAAAGAUUUAGAUGCCUCCAGUAACCCCUUGCUGAUCAAGAGACGCAAGAAGGCGGCGACAGGUGAGAAGAGUGGAGGAAGCGGAUGCAGUAGCCAGUGAGGGACUGGAGAUGGAGAAUAGACAGAUCAAUGACAUGAUGGAAAGUGCAAGAUCAGACAAAAGCAGUCAAGAACAAGAAUGAAAGCAGAGGGAGAUAGAUGGGCUCUCCAAAGAAGAACAGAAGAUGGAUGGCUCAAGGGAAAAGGCAAGAAAAGGAUUUCAAUGAUAAACAGAGGAAUGCACAUGUACACAGAGGAAGUCCUUGUUUCUACCACCAGCAGUGAAGGACUGAAAAAGUUGCUUUAAAAUCCUUCAUCUCUGUGUGUGUGUACUUUAUGUGAGUGUUCAUUAACUUUAUAUGUGUCUUUUUGUGUACUGAUCUAUUACUUGAUACGCACCUCUCGCACUGUGUAUGUUAUAUGUGUGUAUUUGUAUAAGAUGUGUCUCUAUGUGUCUCAGUUCUAUCAUGCAGUUCACUCCAGAGACUUCAUUUGUUGUUGUUUUGGGCUUUUGCUAUUGGCCCAGUUUAUUGCAAAUAAAAAAAAUCAGAGGAA